CAAGUUUUCAGGAUGACUAGCCACAAAAGACCCUCGAGGCUGAGCUUUUCGGCCGACAUCUGCGAUCAUCAAGAAAAGCGUCCCAAAGUUGAGGACAAAUCCAGCACCCAGACUGUUGAUUCCGAGACUCAGCAAGAGACACUCCCCGAUAACGCAUCGGAAACCGUCCAGAACGCCUUUCCAAUUCUUGAUAAAGCCAUCGACAGUGUCGAAGAGGCAUACACCGCUUCUCCUGUCCCUCCUCCCAGGACGUCGCCAAGUGAGCCUGAUGAAUUUUUUUUCUUGUCUGCUUCCUCUGCCCAAAGUGGUCAAGCGACCAUUGAUGACACCAAACCACACCGCGAUGGUCGGUCUCCAUCACCCAGCGGUGAUACACGAAUUCCUCUGUGGUGGGAUGAGACUCGCGCCUUCAAAGGCGAAAUCAUCAUCGCCACGCGAAAGAAAAACAAGCAAGGCAGCGCGGGAAAAGUUUCCCGACAAGCACAGAAAGCCCCGUUGAUGGUGGAUGGAAAGCCACAGUUCAAUCUGUUUGUUGACGGGUCCUACCAAAGCCCGCAAAACACGGAACCCAAAAUACUUGCCCGCGGCGGCUACGGCGUAGUCUUCCGUAACCCGUACCACGGGCAGGGAGCCGUCGAGUUUGACCAUGGCCAUGGCAAUGAAGCCUGGAACAACACGCGCCCUGAGCUCAAUACUCAGGAGGACGAUUUGGGAAGAAAUGACUUCAAUAUUCGGUCGUGGAGAUCACACCGCGUUUACUCCUCCCGCCACGCCGAGAUGGCCGCUGUCUCACAGGCACUCGAGACUGUGAUUGCAAUAGUCAAGCGCCAACAACCCUCUUCCGGAGUCUCGGUGAACAUUUUCUCGGACUGCAAGGAUGUCAUCAACCGUAUUGCUAGACGUCCGGUCCCAGAGAGUGAGGGCAUGACCGAUGCUGACGCCUUGUCUAUGCCACUGCUGCGUGCCAUCGUCUGGCAAUCUCACUAUCUGUUUGAUGAGUGGGAUUGCAAGAUAAAGCUACGGUGGCUACCAAGGUGCUGCGUGCUAGCUCACAGGCUUGCUGACCAUGUUGCGGGAUGGUGGAAGAGCGGGGACAAGCACGAGAGCGCUGACGGCGCUGGUGUCAUCUUCCAGCAAAAAGACAGGCCUGUCUGGCGGAGGGAUGGCAUCCUCGAUGCACUCCACGGGGAUCUCACGAAAGUUCUCAAGAGACAAGAGGGUGGGGAUAUGCUCGAUCGUUUCGCUGGUUCUGCAGUGCAGACGAGUUUCAGCAGUGAUUCGUUGCUUGAAAUGCCGCCGAUUUGGGAACGAAGCGGUGCGUUUAGUAUGGUAAAUGAAGAUAUGGCCAAGGUCCUGAAGGGCAGGCCGUCCGAUGAUGAGUAGAGUGGGUGUACUCUGGAGCUUUCCAGGAUGUGGUUUGAUGUGUUGAUUAUCUGUCGGAAAGAGCUGGUUAGGUAGGUACCUACUUGAAGGACUUGAGUCUUAUACACUAUAUCAUGAUCCUUUCUCUACCUUUAUGUCAUAACCUUUAACCCGUAACCACUCACAACUGCUCAACCAACCCCACCAACUGCUCCAACUUCUCCUCCUGAUCACCGGGGGCACCUCCCCCAUACAACACACCCCCCACCAACCCCAUCGCCCCCUUGACUCUCUUGGCCCUCACCUCCUC